AUGGCUAGAUUCAAAUUUGGAAAGAAAAAAGACAACGAAAGUACAAAUAACCAAUCAACUACUUCUUCUGUCCUCAAUUCUCCCACUUUAAACAAGAAAAGAAUAUCUAGAAUACGAUCUUUUUCGUCCGGGAACAAACACAACAUACAAGCUGCACCUGGUGUUUUAAACUCGCCCCCUAAAUCACUAGAUCAACAAGGAGGUCCUACCAUUGCUUCUGCACCUACUGCUGCUGCACCUGCUGCUCUUGCUACUACUAAUAAACAAACACAUACUUUUACAGACGACGAACUAAACGAUACUGGAACCGACGACCAGUUCAGUAACGAAUACAACGCCAACAACUCACAUCCACAACCAUUGGAACCACACCACCAACGUGGAAGUAAAGCAAUGCCUCUGAUUCUGGAACCAUUGGGCUACGACGCACAUGGAAAUGGGUUGGGAAUCGCAACCCAAUCGAUCCCUUACAAGUCUCGCCCACCACCAAACUUGAACACAACCAACCCAUGGAACAGGUUUAAAAUCUUUGACUCACCUUUCCCAAGAUAUAGACACGCGGCUUCAUCAAUUACAAGUGAGAAGAAUGAGAUAUUCAUUAUGGGUGGUUUAAAAGAAGGUUCUGUAUUUGGCGACACGUGGAAGAUUACCCCACACGAAAGCAGCCAUGGCGAUGUGUUGAACUAUACUGCUGAAAACAUUGAAAUUGUCAACAACAACAAUCCACCAGCAAGGGUUGGCCACUCCUCCGUAUUGUGUGGUAACGCAUUCAUUAUAUAUGGGGGAGAUACUGUUGAAACAGACGAACAAGGGUUUCCAGAUAACAAUUUCUACUUGUUCAAUAUCAACAACAACAAAUACACUAUUCCAAGCCACAUUUUGAACAAGCCAAAUGGUAGGUAUGGACAUACGUUGGGCGUCAUCUCAAUGUCCAAUAAUUCAUCACGACUUUACUUAUUUGGAGGCCAGUUGGAAAACGAUGUUUUUAACGAUCUCUUCUUUUUCGAGCUAAACUCUUUCAAAUCGCCAAAGGCGAGCUGGACUCUUGUUGCUCCCUUGAACAAUUUCAAACCACCUCCAUUAACCAACCAUUCAAUGUCCGUUUAUAAAAACAAAAUCUAUAUAUUUGGAGGUGUUUACAACAACGAAAGAGUUUCAAAUGAUUUAUGGGUCUUUGAUGCAGACGAAGAGAGAUGGACUCAAGUGGAGACCACUGGUACUGUUCCCUUGCCAGUAAAUGAACAUUCAAGCUGCAUCGUUAAUGACAAAUUGUACAUUUACGGAGGUAACGAUUUUAGCGGGGUUAUUUACAGCUCAUUGUACGUUUUGGACUUGAACACACUUGUGUGGUUUAAGUUGAAAGAAGCCGCCGAAGAGAAUGGUCCCGGUCCAAGAUGCGGACACUCGAUGACCUUUUUACCUAAAUACAACAAACUCGUCAUCAUGGGUGGUGACAAGAACGAUUAUAUAGUUAGCGAUCCUCACAACUUUGACACUUAUGAAACCUUUAACGGCGAAGAAAUCGGCACUAUGAUUUACGAGCUCGAUGUUGCAAUAGUAGACCAUUUCAUGUCAGAACCAGUUGAACAAGGCGGUCGCAAACCUAAAAAGGCUGCCGCAUCAGCAGCACCAAAGAGCGAGUCCGAAUUUGGAGCUCGCUAUGAUCGCCAACAUGCAAGAAGUUACUCAGCUGGUCCAGAAGACUAUGCCACACCACAGGGUUCACCGUCACCACCACUUGCUGCUACAGAAAGAGUCAAACUCAAUAGAAACAUCUCAACCAGGACAGACGGCAAUGGCAACGCCAACGAUUUUGUGGAGGUGGAUCUUCCUUCAGGAGCCAUCUCCCAUGUAGAUCAAGAAGACUUGGCCAAUCCGUACAUCAAUACUUCAUUUACGCCUAAUGACACCCCUGACAUUGGGAAAGCAAUCAAUGGCAAGUUUAAUGAUACAACAAUUGAUGAUGAAGAACCACAAGCUCAAACUGAGGCUGGAACAAAAAAAGCAAAUGCAAAUGCAAGAAACAAUGUUGAUGAAGAAGAUGAUUAUAUCUUGAGGAGAAGGUCGCUUGACCCUAAGUUUGGACAAGAAGACAAUAUAGAGUCUGCGGGAUCUACUUCUGGAGCCGGAGUGGCCGCUGCAUUUGCUGCCGCUGGAGCAGCUGGCACAGCCGCAGGUCAUGCUGAUGCAAUGGGACUAGGUCUUGACACCACGGAUGUCGAUACUCUCGACCAAUCGCCUGCUAUUCCAAACAGAUCAAGCUUUGUUGACAAUUCAUACGAAAAAGAUUCUCAUUACCCCGACGAAGAGGAUCAAGAUCGCGAGGUGCAAGACGAUUCUCAUUAUGAUGAACAAAAUUCGACAUAUUUGCACGAAUCAAGCUAUACUGAGCCACUUGCAACUCGAGGUUUUGGAGCUACUAGAGAUGAUAGAACAUCAAGGCUUGCAGGCUCUGCUUCAAAGAAUGGAUCCGAAAAUGAUGGCAAGGUUAAAAAAAUCAUCAACGAAUUAACAAACGAACUUGUUCAACUCAAGCAAUCUACUAAACAGCAGAUGCAGAGUGCAACCGAGAAGAUUACUCAAUUAGAGCAGCAACAUACCAAUGCACAAGCAACACAUAGGAGGGAGAUUGAAAAUUAUACCCAACAGCUCAAUGAUAAAGAUGCCAUGAUCAAUGAGUUAAAAGCAUCUCUCGAUCCAAGUGCAUGGAAUCCUGAUGUACCAGCAGCUAACACCAAUUUAUCCGAGUUGAGUAGGUACAAGUUGGAAAGACUCGAGUUGAACAAUAAGCUUGUGUACCUUGAACAAGAAAAUGAAAAUUUGAGAGUAAGAUUUGCCGAGUUUGAACCGUUUAUGAACAAUCAGAUUGGUGAGUUGGACAAGUUCCAAAAAGUUAUUAAAGUACAAGAAGAACAAAUUGAUAAAUUGAGCCACCAAGUCAAGGAUCAAGAAGCUUUAAACAAGGAGAUUAACGAACUUAGACUUAGGUACGAUAACUUGUCGUUGGAGUUUGAAAAUUAUAAAGCAAUUCACAAUGAUGAUCAAAUCAGCAUCGAGGAAGGAGCAGAAGAACGCGACUUGAAUGACGUUGAGAAUCCAGCAAACCUCAAUGGCUCUCAAAGUGUAGACAAUAGAUCUAUUUUCAGCUCUGCAAAGUCGAGAAAAGACAUUUCAACUCAAUUGGAAACACUAGUGCAGAUUUGGAACUCAAAACAGUCACAGUCAUCAUCGACCAAAGAGGCUUCUCCCGUCAUCACCCCAGAAAAUAACCCUGUUGUUGCUAGAUUGCAACAACAGGUUGAUGAUUUGCUUCGUAUUGGUAAGCAAAACGACGAGACUUCGCAUAUGGAAAUUGAUAACCUCCGGAAAGAGCUUGAGGCAAAACUUGCAUCGUUAAAGAACUUGGAGGACAAUUAUAAGGAGUCUCUUCAAUCAGUUAACAACACCUCCAAGGCUCUUAAACUCAAUCAAGAUGAGCUCAAUAAUCAACGUCAACUUCUUGAGAAACUCAUUAAAGAGAACAAUGAGCUCAAGAUGUUCAAAAAGGCUGCUGCUUCAAGAAGAUUUAAUUCUCCAAGAGAUGGAACACCAAUAACGCCAACAAUGAAUGAACCUAAUGAUGGAGUCUUUGCUACACCCACCAAUGGUACACCUGUCACUGGUUUGCAACAAGGCGAGGAUGAGGAUGACGACGAGGAAGUCAUAUCCAAUGCUCACUUUAAUAUGAAGAUUAAAGAUCUUGAGGCUGAUUUGUACAUUUUGAAACAAGAAAGAGAUCAAUUGAAGGACAAUGUUACCAGCUUGCAAAAACAGUUAUACUUGGCAAACAAUCAGUAG